AUGGAGCGCCUAGUCUCAACACGUGUAAACACGCGAUCUUCACUAGCUUGUCUCGAGUGUCGGACGAAACAUGUAAAAUGCGAUGCUAAACAGCCGCGAUGCAGUCGGUGCACAGCCUACGACAAGGCGUGCCAGUAUACUGCUUCGAGACGUGGUGGUCUUGAUAGAGCGGCUUUGACAGAGAGGCGGAGACGGCUCGCUAAUAAGGCUGAUGCGCAAUUGGAUAAUGUUGUGUCGGAGAUUUCUGUGGCGGUAGCUGAUGAGGGUAUCACUUUGGGGGAUGAAGCUGUGACUGGGGCGGAUUGCAUGGAUGUUUUUCAACAACCCAGCUUACCCGUUCUAACGCCUGUACCAGAGGACCGCGAAACACCACUAUUCAGCAAGGGCAGUCUCACUGACGAUGCUCUGGUAAAGUCUUACUAUACCAACUUUCACCACUUGCAUCCUUUCGCUCCCCCCUACAAACACUUAGUUCAACUUUCCCAGGUGUCAGCUUUCAACUUCAGUCCCCUCCUAGCUUCCAUGCGACUGAUAGGGCAUAUAUACGAUACCCACAAAUGGUCAGAACCACUAAGCAGCGCCGUCGAGGCUCAAAUAUCCCAGCUCAAACUAUCAGAUGCAGUGCAAGUCCAAGCUCGUCUGCUCUACUCGAUCGCUUUGUUCUGGUACACCUAUAAAACUGAAGCAAAAGAGCAGAUGGAUGCUGCUAUCGAUGUUGCCGUCAAGCUGGACAUGCAUAAGCAGGAGUUCGCUGCUACAUGGGGCUUUGGAGACCCGGUCAUGGCUGAAUGCUGGAGACGAACGUGGUGGAUGCUAUUUAUAGUUGAUGCUUCCUACGCUGGAACACUGGGGACGAUGAACUUCAAGACGCUACAUGUUGAACCCACUGUGGAACUUCCUUGUGAAGAGACAGAUUAUGAGUCAGGUACUAUACCUGCACCAAAGACUUUACAGGACUUCGAUUCUCGUGAAUUCGAUAGCGAAGACGUGGUCUUUUCGUCCUUCGCCUAUCUCAUCGGUGCAGUCCGCUGCGCAGCACAAGUCAUCUGCAUGUCACCAAAACGAGCGACCAGAGAACAUUCAGAAGCCAUCAUACAAUCCGCAGACUCGGCAUUCGACGCCUGGCUUUUACUCCUGCCCAAGGAUAAAAAGCCUGUCCUGAAGGCAGAUGGAACCAUUGAUGAGCUAAUGUUUCAAGCUCACUUACUUAUCCAUGUGUAUGUCCUUUGA